AUUGUUCGGCCUGCGAUCGAUCCACCAGUCUGCGUUUGAUUUAUUCGAUUCCAUUUUCCUCUUCCCUAAUCGUCUUUCUUCUUCCCCACGCAUUAUGUUUGCGGAAUCGGCUACCCGGUCAACAGUGACCAACUACAAUAGUCAACCUUUCUAUUUCUUUCCCACGUCUUUAAUUUCGACCAGUUCUAUGUUGUAGAGCUUGAUUCGAGUUUGUGUUAACGUUUUGGAAAGAGGGUGCGUUGGCUAGGAAUGAUUCUCCCUUUUGUGAAGUUAGGGGCUCUUGCUCUGAAAACCAUCUGCAAACCCAUCGCCAAUCGUCUCAAGAAAGAGGCUGGAUUGCACCCGAAGUUUAGGCAGUACAUUAUCAACAUCGCACAGGCAAAUCAUCGGUUUUCAACGAAUGUGCAACGAAGAAUAUAUGGUCAUGCAACAGAUGCUGCCAUAAGGCCCUUGAAUGAAGAGAAAGCUGUCCAAGCUGCAGCAGAUCUUCUCGGGGAGCUCUUUGUAUUCACGGUUGCUGGAGCUGCUGUUAUUUUUGAGGUGCAAAGAAAUUCGAGAUCAGAAGCAAGAAAGGAGGAGCUCCGCAGGCAAGAAUUGGAGGCGAUGAAGCAAAGAGAUGAUGAUUUAGCUCGUGAAAUAGAAAUUCUCAAACAGAAGAUCGAAGAACUGGAAAAAUUGUCCAAGGGACGAGGUCUAACUGGCUUGUUUCACUUCAGGCAUCCGCACACCUCUGAAGCUGAAAGGGAGAAGCACUCUUGAUCAUCAAUGACAUCAAGUAAUCCAUUGAUUUUGUAACUGAGCAUUUUAUUAUCAGUUGAUUGUGAUUCAAUAUUCUUAACAGACGUUGCUAAUGAAGGCUUAUGCAAUUAAAACUUGGAGAUCAUGGAUGAAAUUGUUGAUAUAA